AUGGGUGACCUCUCGGUCGGCGAGUCCGGUUUCGCGCCCAGCGGCACCCCCGGCCGCUCGCGGAACAUGGAGGCUCUCCUCAGAGCCACUCGACGGCUCCUGACCCAUGACCUGCACCCACCGGCUCUCCAGUCUGCAUCCCAGAAGGUCGGCACAGUGGGUAAAAAAAUGCGUAUUGCCAAGCGCCUCCGGCCUUCACCCAGACGCACCGGCGCCCCGACCCCUGCAACGGCCCGAAAGCGCAAGCGCUGCAAAGUCGCCGCAGCCCCCCGGGAUGCUGCAUCCCCACCAGCCACAUCACAAAGCCGCCCCAGUUUGAGAGAAGCUGAGACCACAACCGGUUCGCCACAGCACACCGAACUGGUCUCGCCUCCCCCACCCCCCCAGCAGCCUGACACAGCAGGGGACGGUGCGGCAGACGAAAAGAGCCCGCAUACAAGUACGCUCUCCAGUCCCCCCUCUCAUCCGAUUCCACGAGCCCUUCCCAGAGCCCCUCCCCCUCGCCAUCGACCGAGAGCACUCCGAGCAGCGACGACACCUCCUCUCCAGCUUGCACCCGAUCCCCUUCCCUGUCGGAUCGAGAAGCCUCCGAGCUGUCAGAGGGAGAGGAACCUGUCCAGCAAGGCCACCCCCCAGUGGGUGACGUGGCUCCCGAGGUGGCGGAAGUAG